GUCAGGAUCUUGCAUUUUUCCAACGACCAAUUUCUUGAUUGAUUGCGCCAACAUCCUUCGCACGAAUUCGAUCAUAAUCCUAUUCUUAUCUUCUCUCUUCAGACACACACACACACACACACACACAUCGCCCGCCAUGGCUCCUUCAGAUACCAUCACUUCGAGGACCGAAACCCUCAUGAAGUACAUGAGCCUCGACCAGAAGGGCCAAAUCAUUGCCGAGUACGUCUGGGUAGAUGCUGAGGGUAACCCUCGGUCUAAGUCUCGCACCCUCCCGGAGAAGAAGAACUACACUCCCGAAGACCUCCCCAUCUGGAACUUCGACGGCUCUUCCACCGGCCAGGCCCCCGGCGACAACUCCGAUGUCUACCUGAAGCCCGUUGCCAUCUUCCCCGACCCCUUCCGCGGCUCCCCCAACAUCAUUGUCCUCGCCGAGUGCUGGGACGCCGAUGGCCAGCCCAACAAGUUCAACUACCGCCACGAGUGCGCCAAGAUCAUGGAGGCAACCGCCGAGCAUGAGCCGUGGUUCGGUCUCGAGCAGGAGUACACUCUGCUUUCUCAGAAUGACAGGCCCUAUGGCUGGCCCGAUGCUGGUUUCCCCGCCCCCCAGGGUCCUUACUACUGCGGUGUCGGCACCGGCAAGGUCGUCCAGCGUGACAUUGUCGAGGCCCACUACAAGGCGUGCCUGUACGCCGGCAUCAAGAUCUCCGGUGUCAACGCCGAGGUCAUGCCUGCUCAGUGGGAGUUCCAGGUCGGCCCGUGUGUCGGCAUUGAGAUGGGUGACCAUCUCUGGGUGGCCCGGUACCUCCUGCACCGCAUCUCCGAGGAUUUCGGCGCCAAGGUGUCGGUGAACCCCAAGCCCAUCCCCGGCGACUGGAACGGCGCCGGCCUGCACAGCAACUUCUCCACCAAGGAGAUGCGCGAGGAGGGCGGCAUGAAGCACAUCGAGACCGCCAUCAAGAAGCUCGAGGGCCGGCACAAGGAGCACAUCGCCGUCUACGGCGAGGGCAACGAGCUCCGCCUCACCGGCAAGCACGAGACCGGCGCCAUCGACUCGUUCACCUGGGGCGUCGCCAACCGCGGCGCCUCCAUCCGUAUCCCCCGCGAGGUCGGCGCCAAGGGCUACGGCUACUUCGAGGACCGCCGCCCCGCGUCCAACUCGGAUCCGUACAGGAUUACUGCCAUCCUCAUGGAGACAUGUUUCGGCAACACCACCGCGUAAAUGCAACCAAGUCGAGAAGAUACCAUUUUGCUUUAUUUAGUUCCCGCGUGUUUUUUUUUUGGACAUGAAGAAUC